AUGUCACUCUCAUCGACGUCUACGUUGAAGCAGCAGCUUAUCGCAAAUCUUGGCUCGAGAUCUCCUGUUUACUUUGAGGCUCUUAGCAGCUUUGUGAUAGGAAAAACGUCGAGAGCAGAGUUCGAGGAAAUGAUUAAACAGGUCCUCAGCACACCCAGUCUCCUACAAAUUCAUAACGCACUUAUCAUUUCUCUAUUUGAUGCCACCGCUACUCUCAAGCGACCACCAACACCACCAGCCCCUGCCGCUCCCAAGCCACCGCCACGGAAACGAAGACGAACACUUCUGCCAUAUCAAGGUCCUCAUACACACGAAGAUGCUAGAAGCCUCAGAUCUAUGCGCUUGAAACGUUGGACACUAGCAAUGGGCAAACGCGAACGUGAACGACUACAGAGCCUUCAAAAUCUCGCGCCUCCCACUGAUUUCCCUCAACCCCGCAAGGAACUUGAUGAGAUCGCUUGUGAGAGAGGUGUAGAACUUCUCCCAGAACGCGGAGUCCCGGCGGGCGGUCGUCCCCCAAUUCAACUACAUGCAACGACGCAUGCCCCGACAAUCCAACACAUCACGGAUAGAAUCAAUCUCAUCUGUGCACAGAACAAUCUUUGUGCACCUUCACGGACCGUGCCUUCUCUGAUGAACCUUGCUUGUGAGGCAAAACUAAAGCAAUUGAUCACCCACGCCCUUACCCUCACAUCGACAUCACACGCCAUCAACUCUAUCUCGCCAUCAACUCCAAGACAGUUAUCAUCAUCUACUGCAACAAUACACCACCAUGCUCCUCAAAAACCACCUGUGCUCGUGCCGUCCUCUUUCAAGACAUUGUUUUCCUUGUCACCCGCUGACCUUCCCAACAAAUCUGCAGCUGCAAUGCGACUUGCAAUUUUACCUUCUGCCUCGGAUGACGGAGGUGAAGAUGUUGUGGUCCUUAAGGACCGAGAGGUUCGUGAUCAAAGAUGGCAAAUUAUGGCACUUUUAGGAGAGCGCAGUACUGUUAGAGAAGGUUUGAAAGGAAUUCGAUGA